GAAAAGCCUGGCUGUAUAAAAUCGUGGGCGUAGACUUUGUGAUUGCCGAACUGAAAAUAAUUUCUAUAUCUUCUCCUCUCACUUCGUUUCAUCUGCGGAGCCAGGAAGCGAUGGAUCCCUACAAGCAUCGCCCAUCCAGCGCCUUCAAUUCUUCCUUCUGGACUACUAAUUCCGGUGCUCCUGUCUGGAACAAUAACUCAUCACUGACUCUCGGAUCUAGAGGUCCAAUUCUUCUUGAAGACUAUCAUGUUGUGGAGAAGCUUGCACAGUUUGACAGGGAAAGGAUCCCUGAACGUGUUGUCCAUGCCAGGGGAGCAAGUGCAAAGGGUUUCUUUGAAGUCACGCAUGACAUUUCUCACCUCACCUGUGCUGAUUUCCUUCGCGCUCCCGGAGUUCAGACCCCUGUCAUUGUCCGUUUCUCCACUGUUAUCCACGAGCGUGGCAGCCCUGAAACCUUGAGGGAUCCUCGAGGUUUCGCUGUCAAAUUUUACACCAGAGAGGGGAACUUCGACCUUGUGGGAAACAACUUGCCAGUCUUCUUCGUUCGUGAUGGCAUGAAGUUUCCCGAUAUGGUCCAUGCUCUAAAGCCCAAUCCCAAGUCCCACAUCCAGGAGAAUUGGAGGAUCCUUGAUUUCUUCUCCCACCAUCCCGAAAGCCUUCACAUGUUCACCUUCUUAUUUGAUGAUCUAGGUGUCCCCCAAGAUUACAGGCAUAUGGAUGGUUUUGGUGUUAACACCUACACCCUUAUCAACAAGGAUGGGAAAGUACACUAUGUCAAAUUUCAUUGGAAAACCACUUCUGGUGUGAAGUGUCUGUUGGAAGAGGAGGCCAUUAGGGUUGGAGGAUCCAACCACAGCCACGCCACCCAAGACCUUUAUGAUUCAAUUGCUGCUGGAAGCUAUCCUGAGUGGAAACUUUACGUCCAAACAAUGGAUCCUGAUCAUGAAGACAGAUUUGACUUUGACCCGCUUGAUGUAACUAAGACUUGGCCUGAAGACAUUUUGCCCCUGCAGCCAGUUGGCCGCAUGGUCUUGAAUAAGAACAUAGAUAACUUCUUUGCUGAGAAUGAACAAGUUGCAUUUUGCCCUGGCAUUGUGGUACCUGGUGUAUACUACUCAGACGAUAAAAUGCUUCAGACCCGAAUAUUCUCCUAUUCUGAUAGUCAGAGACACAGACUUGGACCAAAUUAUCUGCAGCUUCCUGUUAAUGCUCCCAAGUGUGCCUAUCACAACAAUCACCAUGAAGGUUUCAUGAAUUUCAUGCACAGGGAUGAAGAGGUGAAUUACUUCCCUUCAAGGUAUGACACUGUUCGUCAUGCAGAAAGGUUCCCCAUUCCUCCUCGAAGCUUUAAUGGGAAGCGUGAAAAGUGCAUGAUUGAGAAGGAGAACAACUUCAAGCAACCUGGAGAGAGAUUCCGAACCUGGGCCCCUGACAGGCAAGAAAGAUUUAUCCGCCGAUGGGUCGAGGCUUUAUCUGAUCCCCGUGUCACCCAUGAAAUCCGCAGCAUCUGGAUAUCAUACUGGUCUCAGGCUGACCGUUCUCUUGGUCAAAAGAUAGCAUCGCACCUGAACUUGAAGCCAAGCUUCUAAGAUUAGUUGUCGCAACCGUGCAAAUGUACGACCGGUGAAAAGUCUCUGGCAUUGUAUCAGUUUGAAAGGAUUGGUCCUUCUUCUAUUACAGUGUUGUAUAUUGCUUAUCUCAUGAAUUCAACUGCCUGACUUGUCUCAACCUAAAUAAUAUAUGUCCAAUUGUCCAUCGUGAUAAGGAUGAAGAUAUGGACUUUCUAUGAAUCCAUUAUUCUCUGUUCACCUACCAUUUAGUUUUCAUUUAUAUUUCAAAUAAACUUUAUUCUAUCAUUUUAUC